CAUCGUCAUCUGCAACACACGCACAACAUUAGCAUUUUGGCAGUCUCACUCCGCCGUAAGUUUUUUCGGUCGAGAUCUUCCACCGUAUCAAACUUUCUGGCCAACAGCGCGCACACAAAAAUCGUCUCAAGUAUUUGACUUGUAAACGAGUAUGAAGUAUCGUAAGAAUCGCCGACAUCUCUGUCAGUGGUUUCGGGAUUAAUUAAUGCAAAGAGUCGAACAGUGGAACUGGCAGAACGGAUCGGGAUUGAUGCCCAAAAAGAAUUUUCUCAGGAAAAUGAUAUCGCUGUUUGGUUAGCAAGAAAAUUAAGAAGAGCUGAAGAGGUAAGUGCGAAAUCAGUUAAGGAUUACGACAAAAAAUGUUAGUGGUCUGUGUUGGUGGAGGUGGAGAGAGGUAUUUAAUGCGAAUACUGAUAGGCCCAGGUGGUGUUACUGCGGAAAGAGCCGUUUCUUACUCCAUCAGAUCAGUCGGUAUUACUUACAGGGGAGGCUUUUUAGCUGGUGUUUGUGUAGAGAGUAGAGACCUCCAGACCUCCUAAUUCAUCUUCCAGGGUGUUGUGUGUGUUAUUUCUCCAGCCUCUUCACAACCUGAAGGUUCUCUGUUUCUAUUUUCACUGAUUUCUCUGUUUUUUGAUCUCUCUUUCUAGCUCUCCUGUUUUUCCCCCUAAGAACACGAGUUACACUAUUGGUUUCCUUUUAUUUGAUCUCCUUUUUUGGUGAAUAUUUUCGUGGAAUUAUAUUGGCCGUGAAAUGAAAACAGGGUGUCCAUCGAAUUUUAAGGGGGGUAGAACUGCUCUGUUUCGGUUGAUCUAGAAGGAUUGGUUGCACAUUCCCGAGUUCUUGCAUGAAGAUAUUGCUCAUAAUAGCUUUGAGGAACUCUCUGAUAUUUCCUAAUACAAGCAAAACAUGAAAUUCGCUAGUGAAGAAGUAUUUUGCCAUGGAACCAUUGGCCAUAAGCCAGAUUCUAAACCUUCUGAUUAUGAUAAGGAUGCAUUGAACGUCACAUGGUUGAAGAGGGGAAAUGAUGUAAUGAAGGAAAAUCAGAAUGAAGUUCUUCGUGAUUUUAAGGCUAAUGAGGCAGAAACAGAUCAAUCACCACACAUGAUGAAUGAUAAAGGUUGGACUGCACCAGAACUUAAUUGUUGUAUGAGGGCUGUGGAAUCCUCUGAAAGGGUGGAAAAUGAUGCCAAAGAUAUAUUGGCAUCUGAAACUCAAUGUCAGAAAAGCAAAUCAUUUGAGGACGCUGCUUUUUUUACGGAGAAAGGUGUUAAGGAUUUUGAUCUGCCAGAAUUAGUUUGCUACAGAGAGAACUCUUACCUUGAUGUCAAGGACAUUUGUGUCGAUGAGGGUGUGCCUUUGAAGGACAAACUUGUGUUUGAAGAUGUUUUCAAUCACAACAACACUUGCACAUUCAUACUUCCUGAGAAGAAUCCAAGCAUUGAAACGAUUGAAGAAAAGUUGGAUAUUGACACAUCUAUUCCCUUUUUGUUGAAAUCUGAAGCAGAUAAGGAUUCCAACAAUGAUUUUGCCAAUCAAUGUGAUAGCAAUGAUUUGAUGUUGAAGGGGGAAGUAAAAAGUGCCACGCCUGGAAAUAGUGCAGAUGAAGUAUCCAAAGAGAUAUUUUCACUUGGAGACUUGUUUUCAAGGAUAGAUUCCAGUGCAGAGGAGUGCAACCUCAAGUCCACCAUUAGUGACCCAGUUGAACUCACACGGCAGUCUAUUCAGGUCUCAAUUGAAAAGACAAAUGAGGCCGGUCCAAUCAUGGUCUCUUCAGCUGAUAAAUCAGAUAAUGACAGAGUGGAGGUAAACUUGGUAACCUCCUCUCAAGUUUCUGGGCCUGACGAAUCUGAAAAUAGCAGCAAGGAAGAAAAACUGGGAAGCGCUGCUCGAGUGUGUGGGUCUGAAGAUUCAACCAAUAGCUGUAUUGCCAAUGAUGUAUCUUACAACAGUAAGGUCGAGACUGGGAGCAUCACUUUUGAUUUUGAUCCUGCUGCACCUACAGCAAGCAGCAGGGAGGAGUGCCCACGAAAUAGUGAUUCUGAGCCUUUUCCGACUCUAAAUUUGUCCGGCAUUGAAGAUGCGAAGAGUCGGCUAGUUUCUAGCCAAGCUCAAGAUAGCUAUGGUGAGACAAGCUUUUCUGCUACUGGUCCUUUAUCUGGAGUGAUUACUUACUCGGGACCCAUAUCAUAUUCUGGCAGCCUCUCUCUCAGAUCAGAUAGUAGCACGACCAGCACUCGUUCAUUUGCCUUCCCCGUAUUGCAGUCUGAGUGGAACAGCAGUCCAGUUAGAAUGGCCAAAGCUGACCGAAGACAUUUACGAAAGAAUAUGGGUUGGAGGCAAGGUCUUCUUUGCUGUAGAUUCUAACUUCUUCUAUAUUAUCAAUAGAUUCGACACGAAAUAUAUAUAUAUAUCAUCAAAAUUUAUACAAGUGGAUUUUAGUAAUAUGAAUAGCCAUAGCCAUACAGUUUCCUCUUAUCCGAGUUGUCGUAUGCAAGUAUGCUUUGAGUUUGUUCUUGUACAUGUUGGUUGAGAAUCUGAAGAUGCAAGAAUAGCUUAUACUUGGAAGAUUUAAAUGUACUACCUUGGUUUGAUUA